AUGUUUAGUCUCGCGCGAUUCGGGACCGUUGCCGGUCUAUUUUUACUGGCUCAAGCAGCCCCGGCUCCACUGCGCAGAGAUGUCAGCUCUUCACUCCUGAACAAUUUGGACCUCUUUGCACAGUACAGUGCCGCCGCAUACUGUUCUGAGAACUUGAACUCCACCGGCACUAAAUUGACAUGCUCUGUUGGCAAUUGUCCUUUGGUAGAAUCGGCAUCUACCAACACCUUGGAUGAAUUUAACGAAUCGUCAUCUUACGGCAACCCCGCUGGGUACCUCGCGGCCGAUGAGACUAACAAACUGCUAGUCCUGUCUUUCCGGGGUAGCUCUGACUUGGCCAACUGGGUAGCCAACCUCAACUUUGCCCUCGAGGAUGCCAGCGAUUUGUGUUCCGGAUGUGAAGUGCACAGCGGUUUCUGGAAGGCAUGGAGCGAAAUCGCCGAUACCAUUACUUCCAAGGUGGAAUCCGCCUUGUCGGAUCAUUCCGAUUAUUCCUUAGUCUUGACCGGACAUAGUUACGGCGCUGCGCUGGCAGCCCUCGCAGCGACUGCUCUGCGGAAUGCCGGGCAUAGUGUUGAGCUGUACAACUACGGACAACCUCGACUUGGAAACGAGGCAUUGGCAACAUAUAUCACGGACCAAAACAAGGGUGGCAGCUAUCGCGUCACGCACACGAAUGAUAUUGUGCCUAAGCUGCCACCCACGCUACUCGGGUAUCAUCACUUCAGCCCGGAGUACUAUAUCAGCAGUGCCGACGAGGCAACAGUGACCACCACUGAUGUGACUGAAGUUACAGGAAUCGAUGCAACGGGCGGUAACGAUGGAACGGACGGAACUAGCAUCGAUGCUCAUCGGUGGUACUUCAUUUACAUUAGCGAAUGUUCGUAG